CGCGUCACAAAAUCUUUAUCGAUAAAGGCUAUCGACGGCUUCGAUUUCCCUCACAAUCGCUCAACCCCACAACUCCCCCCCAAAGCAUGUACAUGUAAUAAUGACUUCUAUAGUGAGCCCAAUGCGGCAAAAACUCCUUCAUAUUCACCUCCCAGGCCUCGUCCCCUACGCCACAGCCGCCCGCCUGCAAGAAACACUCGUCUCCCGUUUCCUCGCCGCAAAGCCGCCCUCCACCACACCCUUACCUCCUCCACACAUCAUAACCGCCUCCUUCCACCCCGUAUACACCUGCGGCCGCCGCGAAAUCGGCAGCGUCUCCCCAGCCCAACAGGCCCAUCUGCGUGCAGACGGCGGCGCCGACUUCGUCGAAGCCCUACGAGGCGGACAAACCACAUUCCACGGACCAGGCCAACUCGUCGCAUACCCGAUUCUCGACUUGCGCUCGCACAAGCUCACGCCCAGACAUUAUGUUUGCCUUCUAGAAAAGAGUCUGAUAGCCACGUGUGCGCGCUUUGGUGUCAAGGCUAUGACUACGCAGCAUACGGGUGUGUGGACGAGUCCCGAUGAUAAGAUUGCAGCCAUUGGCGUGCAUAUGCGGCGGAAUGUGACGAGUCAUGGGGUUGGGCUGAAUGUUGAUACGGAUUUGUGGUGGUUUGAUCGCAUUGUGGCGUGUGGAUUGGAGGGGAAGAGGACGACGAGUUUGCAGCGUGAGGGGUGCGAGGGGUUGAGUGUUGAGGGGGUUGGGAAAGUGUUUGUGGAUGAGGUUGCGGAGAGACUUGUGGGUGUGGAUGGGGUGGAGAGGUUAGGAGAGCAAGAGGUAGAGAAGAUAUUGAAGGUGUGAAUUGAGGUUCGCCGUUGGAUUCUCCGCUGUGAAUGGUGUGAGGAUUGAAUAGUGGUGUGAUUGGAGGAGAUGGUUGAUACCCGAUAGAGAUGUCUUUCCUGAUAGUAUGGCAAGUGCCUGGCUGUAGUAUAUAGAUACUGUAGAUCAUUGUCUAGAUAUCGAGGCCUUUUCAAUUACGAAAAGCCAUAGCUCUCAAUCGAUUGAUUAUUGUGUGCCUGAGACAAACAUUAUAGACUCUUUAAAUCAAGAUGUCUAGAGUUUCCUCUGUCUCCAGUUCCCAAGAACGCUUGGUUCCAUUUACUUCCUUACUACUCUCCAAUUGACAAAAUACUCAUCUUCUUCUUGCACAAUCUAAACACCUUCUUCUCGAAUCCCUUGCAGUCUUACCAGGAAGAAAAAAGUUCCCAUCGCACUAAGCUUCUCCGAAU